AACACUGAGGAGGAGCUGCGUGUGAAACUCUGAAACUGUGCCCGAGUUGUUCGCGGGAAGGUGCUUUCAUCACUAUGGCCCUCCGCCGAAACAGCAAACAGGACUUGAGCUGCAGCUGGCUUAACAUGUACACGGUUAUUUAUUGUGUCUGUUAGAAACCAGCUGAAGAUGCAGGGGGCCAUUGCACGAGUGUGCAUGGUAGUGGCAGCUGCCAUAUUAAACCAUCCGUUGCUCUUCCCUCAAGAAAACACCACGCUCCAGGAGCAGGACGAGGAUCUCUUGGCUCGCAUGCAGGAGCAUGAGGAGAGGCUGAAGUUAGAACAGGCCAAACUGGAGAAAGCGCUCUCUCUUCAGGACACCAGUGAAGAGGACUCCGACUCAGAUGAUGGUUAUAUUUGGUACUUUUGGAGCACUGUGUCAUUUGUGAUAUUCUUCACAAUUGAGCUGUGCAGGGUGGAAGUUGCUGACAUGGAAAUCCAGCCAGUUGAGGAUGAAGAUGCAAUAUCAGAGAGUGGAUCCAUCGCUCCCAGAAUGAUGGUGCUAGAUAAGAAUAUCCUAAGGAACUUCUCUGACAAAUGCUCUUACACUUCAGCUCAUGAAAACUGGAGGGUGAGGGAGUUUGCUGAGGGUUUUGCUGAUGACUUGCUGGAGUCUCUCAGGAGCUUGUCUGACAGGGAGGCUGACAUGGAAGUCUGGGAUUUUAUCGGGAUUGGAAGCAUGUUUGAAUCCUGGAAAGUGUGCAAACCUCUCAUUUGUGACGUCAUAGUGCCGUUUUCUCCUCCAGAUCCACACUCCUUCCAAUACCAUCUGUGGUGCAGCCCCUGCAGUGACAUGCCUCCAGACAUGCAAGGGUGUGGAAUGAUAAAGUUGUCCAGGUUUGGGGAGAACGAGGAGGGCUGUGUCUGCGGUGCUGCAAAUCUAGGAGAAGACAUGCUUUGUCUGUUGCACAACAGGAAUGAUGCAGUCCAAGUAAGCCACAGCCCAGAAGAACUGCUGUGCUCCAAGAACACACGUUUCUUAGCUAAAGAUCAAGUCAUGAGGUGGUUUCAGAUCUCUGUCACCAAAGCGUGGGCACGCAUCUCUCACAAAUAUGACUUUGAAGUUACGUUUCGCAACCUGGAUGCUGCUGGUGCCCUGAAGAUCCGGUUCUGCUCAGGGAAAACUAUUGUACUGAACAUCAUCCCAGUGGUUCAGCUGGAGGAUACAGAUGCUUAUUUUGUAUCUCACUUCCCUUCAGAUUGUGACAGCUGUCCAGAUCCGUACUGGUCUCUCUCUUUAGCGGUCUAUGAGAGGAAUUUGCUCAAAUAUUUUUCUAAACGGCUACCACAAAAUUCUUGUCACUUACACUGCAUCCAGAUCCUCACUUUCCUGAACAGAAAGCAGUCAGGCCUGACAGGAAAAAGUGCCCUCACUAGCUACCACUUAAAGACCACUCUGCUCCACUUGUUGCUGAGCAAAAAGACCUCGGCGUGGGGGGCUGAGAACAUGGACCACAGGCUUCAGGAUCUGCUCAUCUUCCUCCAGAACAGCCUCCAGGAAAAGAGACUUCACCAUGCUCUGAUUGGGAACUGGAAAGUGCCAGAGGAAAUCCAGGUUCCUGAGAUAUUUCGCAAAGCAGAGCCUAUCAAUCUGUUCAGGUCUCUGGUGUUGCAGAGGGACCUUUAUGCAGCAACUGUGAGGCAUUUUCAGGAGAUGCUAAGAAAUGCAUCUGUACUUGUACAAGAAUACACACCGUACUUAUCGAACGGAGGCUUAAACCACAGCCUGGAUGAAAGUAUAUGAGCGCUGGUUUCGCUCGGUUAUUUGAGCAUCAUUGUUGCUGCAACUGUUAAAGCUGCAUGUGCAACAUUUCUCAUUUGGUAUGAAAGCAGCACUUUGAGAUCUUUUAUUUCUCACAGACAGUGUUUAAUUUAAACAUAAACUGUGUAUUCAAAAUAUGGCAUAAUCUGGAUCUAUAUGAAAGAAGAUGCUUUUACAAAAACUAUUUAACACAUACCUCUCAUAUUGCAAACAGAAAAGAGAAACUGUUCGCAAACAUGUAAUCCGUCUUUUGUUUAUUCGUGGCAACAGUUGUAAACCUGAUGGCAGCUAUAAUGGGUGGAAAUGUUAUAUGUAAGAAACUCAUUUUAUCGGUUAUUGAAUUCCAGCAUCUUGACGUCAGCCCUUCCAGAGCAUCCCCUCCAACAACCAACGCAAUAAUCAUCACGAACACCACGAGUCAGAAGAUUAUAGCAUUUUAUUUCCCAUCUGAUAUUAUAAAGUUUCAUCACAUAAAAAAACACCUCUGAUAUGUACUUCAGAUCCGUCCCUGAAGUAGUUGGCUUUUACAACAUGAAGUUGGACGGACCUGACUCGCAACAUGAUUAUAAAUGGACGGUGGUGGAUUUUGAAGUCAGCGUUGUCUAAAGACGAUAGUCAUAAUCUGGUUUUCCAUCAGCGUAAGUCUUGUAGAAGGCCUUGUAGGUCUCCACGCUGUGCCCGCUGGCUUUGACAGCUGGGUCCUCCAGCAUGCGCUCUAUCCACUUUUUCAGUUCAGGUGUGUUGCCCAGGCAGCUAAAGAAAGAAAGAAAGAAAGAAAGACAGACCUUUUUCAGGAUUCAGAUACCUUUAACUUCAUUAUUCAUUUAGUCUUUGAAUUUGUGAUGAAAAACGUUCACGGUCAACCCCUCCUGUGUUUUUGUUACAUCAGCGUUCACCCAGCACAUGAACCAGUGUUCAAAUGAGUGGAUCACCAGCAGCUUGGGGUCAUCACAUCUGUUACACCCAUUCAUUUGAUCAGGUGUGAAACAUGUACAACUUGCAGGGCACUAGCCCUUGAGAACCAGAAUUGGGGAACACUGCCAUAGACUUUGUUUGGAUACCCAACAUGCUUCACUUUAGGUGGGGUGAGGUCACUGCAUAUGGACAUCUCCACAUGAUCUUAAAUUAGACCUUAGUUGGCAACAAAAAUGGAGGGAAAAAAAGAAAAUAAAAUUUGCAAACUGCGAUAGCUGCCAGAGUGGGCUUUACUAAGAAUUGACUUUGGCGUCACAUCAAAAGCACUGUUACUUUUUCUAUUUUUAUGAAUUUCAAAAUAUAAACCAACAGUGCAUUAAUAUUUGCAUUGAUGUCAUUUCUUACUGCCUUUUUGCUGCAGGUGCGGUAUUAAUUUCUUGACAUCAGGUCUUGUGAGGAAUUUAAGACCUGAUUAUUAUGUUAUGUUACUGUAAUAUUCCCAGCUUAUACAUGAACUUUAUCAAAGUGUCUCAACUGUUUCUCUGAAUAAAAUUGUAUUUAUUUCUAAAUGUCCUGAGAGUGCAUUACUCACUGUUUCAGG